AUGUCUACUUGCUGGUCGGAGAUUUCUACGGAUCUCUUAUACUUAAUCCUAUCCAAGGUCUCGAUCCCUGAUCUCUUCCGCUGCGCCGCCGUAUGCUCACAUUGGUCCGCCGUGGUCGAUAUGGUCAGCCGCCGCCGCGGUGAUCAACGCCCUCAGAUCCCAUGGCUUGUGCCGGAAUACCACCUCCUCAUAAACGGAAGACAUAACGAUCAAAACACCUACAACUUCUUCAGCCUAUCGGAGGGCCGCGUGUAUGAUAUCCCAAGUCGCGCUCCUGGCAUCCUCAUCGUCGGAUCUUCUCAUGGUUGGCUCAUAACCACCAACGAGGUUAGUGUACAGCUCCUCAACCCUAUAACCGGUGUGCAGAUCGACCUUCCCUCCAUCCCCACCGACCGAAAUUUGGAAGCCAUCAGAGCCGUGUUGUCCUGCGAUCCCUCUAGAUGUGGAGAUUACAGCGUCGGCUUUGUAUUCUAUUGCCGUUCUAUGGAGAAAGAGUUAUUGUUCUUGGCUAGCGCGGCAGAUGACAAGUGGAAGAUGAUCCCUGGAAAUCAAUAUCACUAUGAUGACAUAGCAUUUCACAACGGCAAGCUCUAUGCGGUGUCACGAUUCGAAGAAGAUGACGAAGUGAUAGUGGUGGCGUUCGAUCUCAUCACGCUGGAUUCAACUCCGACAGGGACGCCGGUGGUGGCUCUGCCAUUCAGCAUUUGGGAUUUUACUUUCGACAUGCACUUUGUUUGCACGUAUUUCGGUGAUCUACUGAUCGCGCGGGCAACUAUCACGAAUGAAUUAGUAGAUUAUAAUAAGAAAUUGGAGGUUUGGAAAGUGGAUACGGAGAAAGGCGCCAUGGUCGCGAUGAAUAACUUGGGGAAGCAUGCUCUAUUCUUGAGCACAUGCUCUUCUUUUUGCCUUGAUACUUCUUCAUUGCCUGAUUUGAAGUCAAAUUCCAUUUAUCUCUCGAAUGAGUGGGGUAAUAACUUGGUUUACAGCCUAGAGGACGAAAGCUUCACCUCAUUGAGUCUGCCUUCAUUGUCAUCUCCAAAACUAGAGCGGCCACCGCUUGUUUGGUUUACACCCAGUUUUGCCUGCUGA